AUGUCUAAAGAGUCGCCCACCUUGACUCUUGUCAACUCAAACCCCUUCGAUGACAAGAAUGGCAUUCUGUACCAAACGAGCAUCGAACUCUCUUCUAUCAAUCCAGGAGAAAACCAGACUAAUCUUUCCACUCGUCGCUCUAAUAUCACAGCAUUUAUUGAGCCCAAGGACACUUUAAUACUCACCGUGGCUACUGUUUUGAUAUGCUUUACAGCAGUAGGCUCUCCACUUCAGUCGGUACUCUAUGGCAAAAUCUUCUCCAAAAUGAGUCAAUUUUUCCAAGGCAGCCUUACAGCUUCAGAAUUCAUAUCCAAAGUUAAGCUUAUAUGUGGGGAGAUCAUGAUAGUGGGAUUGGGUCAGAUGCUUUUCACAUGGACAGGUAUUUUUUUAUGGAUGAAGUUUGGUGAAAUCCAGCAAAUUCGUGCGAGAAGGACCAUUUUCACUUCGCUUCUCGCCAAAGAUAUCUCUUGGUAUGACACCGCCACAAGCUUGAUGGGGGAUGUUACCCAAGCAAAUCGUUGUGUCGAGGAAUUAAGAGCAGGAACUUCUGAAGUGAUGGGCCUUCUUAUUCAGACCAUCGCAUCUGUCAUUGCCUUGUUGGUCACAUCCUUGUACCAUUCCUGGUUAUUGACAAUUGUGAUUAUGGCAGGAACACCAGUAAUGGGACUUUUGGGGUGGUUUUUUGGCCUGCUUACCUACAAGUCGGCACUCAUUGAAAACGACUACAGUUCUCAAGCCUCCAGAAUAUUGGACUGGUCGUUCGUGUCCAGCUCGUUGGUAAGAAUAUUGGGGGCGAAAUACUAUGAAAUGGUCAAGUUCAACAAAGUAGUACAAUCGUCUGCUGAAGCAUACUACAAGCUAGCAAAUUCUAUAGCUUUGAACGAAUCGGUGCUAAAGAUUUUAAUUCUAUUGAUGUUUGUCCAAGGGUUUUGGUUUGGCAAUCAUAUGAUUCAGAAUGGAAAACUUGAUGUUGCUCAGGUCUUUACUUGCUUCAGCAGCUGCUUGCUCUUAGGAUCGCAAGUUACAAAAUUUAACCAUUUAUUGGCAAUUUUGAACAAAGCACAUGCAGCAAUGACUAGACUUAAAUCUUGGGAGAAUACAGAUGAUAAUCCAAAAUCUUAUUCUAAAUUGAUUUCCCCAACUGCACUUUCCAAGAGUAGUUAUAAUGGAGUUAUUUCGUUCAGAAAUGUAUCAUUUGCAUACAGCACUCGAGAAAAUUCAGUAUUACAAAAUAUAAAUUUAUCGUUUAAGCCUGGAGGGAUAAACUUCGUGGUUGGAAAAUCUGGUUCUGGAAAAUCCACUUUGUCUCAAUUACUUCUCAAAUUCUAUAGCCCAUCCGAAGGUGAGGUUCUUUUAGACGGUCACAAUGUGGAUGAUAUUGAUUCAAAAGAGCUAAAAAAUUGGAUCACGCUUAUUGAACAAUCACCUUCCAUAUUCACUGUAUCAAUAAAGAAUAAUAUCGGGUUAGCAGUGAUAAACAACUUUGAUUCGUUAAGUGACGUGCCAGAGCAUAAAAUUCAGGAAGCCUGUGAAUUUGCACAAAUGCAAGACAUGAUCGUGAGUAAAGGUGGCUUGGAUUCUGUGAUCAAGCAAGAUAGUUUGUCGGGAGGUCAGAAGCAAAGAAUUUCCUUGGCUAGAGCACGGAUUAAAGAUUCUCCAAUAUUGAUUUUGGAUGAGGCUUUCAGUGCAUUAGACAACAAGACCAGUGAAUCGAUCUUUGCAUCUCUUCGAGAGUGGAGAGUAGGAAAGACCACAAUAGUGAUCACCCAUGAUGUGAGUCAGAUUCAAAAUGACGAUUUCACAGUGGUUAUAGAAAAUGGAUGUGUGAAAACACAAGGUAACUAUGGGGAUAUAAACUCUAGAUACAGGCAAAUGAUGACAAGAAUUCAUUCACCCAAGCUGAAAAGUUUGGCAAUUCAAAAAGAAGUUCCCGCUUUCAAUUAUUUGACAAAUCCAGCUAUCUUGAAAGAUCUCGAUAAUAGUUUUGAUAAAGGUGAGGAACAGGGAAUGAGGUCUGUUCUUUCCAUUCUAUGGUUCUGUUCUUCUAAUAUGGAGCAUAAAUGGAUAUUACUUCUAGGCAUUGUUGCUUCAGUUGUGGAAGGAAUUGCAAAUCCAGUGUUCUCGUACUGCUUUUCUAAGCUUCUCAGUACAAUAGUAGAAUCAUCUCUAGGCAAAAGUAUUACUUCCACAAUUACGAAGUGGUCAGUGAUAGUAAUAGGAGUUGCAAUUUCUAUCGGUAUGACAAAUUAUUUCUCAACUUUCUUGUUGGCAUUCUGCAGUGAAAAAUGGAUAGUCAACCUCAGAAAGCAGGCCUUUUUGAAGAUCAAUGAACAAGACAUGACAUAUUUCUCUGAAGGGGCAUCCCCCGCAGAAUUGACAACUUUGAUCAUGAACGACACAAGAGAUUUAAGGGCACUUGUUGCCCAAUUUAUGUCUCUCUCUAUUAAUUUGGUCACCUUAGUAUUGGUUGGAAUUACCUGGUCCAUCGUUUGUGGCUGGAAACUAGCUCUUGUCGGUAUUUCAUUUGUACCUCUAGUGCUUUUGAUAACAUGUGUCUAUGGUAUGCUACUUCAACGCUCAGAGAAGAACUAUAAGGACCAAGUGGUUGUAGUAGAAGCACAUGUUCAUGAAGUGAUUUCAAGCAUUAGAACCAUUAUUGGUUUUAAUCUCCAAAACUACUUUUCAAAUUCGUUCUAUUGCAAAAUGAACACCUUACUGAGAGUCUCCGUAUUUAGGUCUUUCCAUACUGGUUUUGGCGAGGCACUUUCGGAACUUUGUAUGGCUAUUGCCAUCGGGAGCAUUCUUCUCUAUGGGAUGAUUUUGGUAGGUAAGAGAGAGUACACUGGUGACAAGUUAUUGCAAGUCAUUACGUUACUUACAUUCACACUUACCAGCUCCAGUGCCUUGCUUGGACAGUUGCCAGAGAUUACAAGAGGCCAAAGGGCUGGGACUUUUAUGAUUAAAUUAUUGGAUUUGAAGUCUUCUCCAACAGAAAAUGAAGGUACAAAAAAACCCGUAAAAGUUGGGGGAAAAGCUGGUAUACAGUUUAAAAACGUAAGCUUCAAGUAUCCAAGUACUGAUAAGAUCAUUCUCAAAGGAGUUAACUUUGACGUUUGCCUAAACACCAUUACAGGGAUUUUAGGCGAGUCUGGUGCUGGCAAGUCAACUGUUGGAUCCAUUUUAAUGAGACUUCAAAAUGUUGCAGCGAAUUCGAUUUAUAUCUACGGUGUUGAUAUCUCUUCCUGGGAUAUUGACUGGUUGAGGGAACGGGUCACAUUAGUGCCCCAACGCCCCCAGAUAUUUCCAGGUACUUUUUAUGAAAAUUUGACUUAUGGUUUGGGUGCAAAUUUUCUGCCUAGAGCCCUUGACGAAGUUUUGGAGUUAGUGAAUCUCACCUCGUUCGUUGUUUCCUUACCUGAAGGAUUAAGCACCUUGAUAGGAUCAGAUUUGAUGUCUGGAGGACAGCUUCAAAGACUUUGCAUUGCUCGUGCUCUUUUAAGACACCCAGAAAUCCUCAUCAUGGAUGAAUGUACUUCUAGUCUCGAUCCCGAGAACGUGGACAUGGUUGGUGAUUUUGACACAUGA